GAAAGGAGAGGGAGGGAGGAGGGCGCUGAGGCGGCCGGUGCCGGCACCCCAUCCGCGCUCCCCCUGCCCAGCCCCGGCCAUGAAUAUGUAACUCCCCUCUAUUUCCCGAGUUCCAUUGCGGAGGCUGCCGCUCGCCAUAUUGUGCUGCUGGGGCUGCGGCUUCACCGCCGGCGAGAGAGGGCGGCGGGAGCGAGCGGCGCGGCUAGGCGCGGUGGCCUGAGGCGGGAGCCCGGCGGGCGCCAUGUCUCAAGCUGUGCAGACCAAUGGGACACAACCUUUAAGCAAAACAUGGGAGCUGAGUUUGUACGAACUGCAAAGGACACCUCAGGAAGCAAUCACUGAUGGCUUGGAAAUAGUGGUAUCACCCCGAAGCCUCCACAGUGAGCUGAUGUGUCCCAUCUGCUUGGAUAUGUUAAAAAACACCAUGACAACAAAAGAAUGUUUGCAUCGCUUCUGCGCCGACUGCAUCAUCACAGCCCUCAGGAGUGGCAACAAAGAAUGUCCCACGUGUCGUAAAAAGCUCGUUUCAAAACGGUCACUGAGGCCAGAUCCCAACUUUGAUGCUCUCAUCAGUAAAAUCUAUCCGAGCCGGGAUGAGUAUGAAGCCCAUCAGGAGAGAGUGCUGGCAAGAAUCAGCAAGCACAACAACCAGCAAGCUUUAAGCCACAGCAUUGAGGAAGGAUUAAAGAUCCAAGCCAUGAACAGGCUGCAGAGGGGCAAGAAACAGCAGAUUGAGAAUGGCAGUGGAGCAGAGGACAACGGUGACAGCUCCCACUGCAGCAACGCCUCAACACACAGCAACCAGGAAGCAGGGCCUAGUAACAAGAGGACCAAAACAUCGGAUGAUUCUGGGCUGGAACUGGACAAUAACAACACAGCUGUGGCAAUAGACCCUGUCAUGGAUGGUGCCAGUGAAAUAGAACUGGUCUUCAGGCCUCACCCGACCCUCAUGGAGAAUGACGACAGUGCACAGACGAGAUACAUCAAAACCUCAGGCAAUGCCACUGUUGAUCACCUGUCCAAGUACCUAGCUGUGAGAUUGGCUUUGGAGGAGCUUCGUAGCAAAGGAGAGUCCAACCAGAUGAACCUUGACACAGCCAGUGAGAAGCAGUACACCAUCUACAUCGCUACUGCCAAUGGGCAGUUCACUGUACUAAAUGGGUCCUUCUCCUUGGAACUGGUCAGUGAGAAGUACUGGAAAGUCAACAAACCCAUGGAACUGUACUAUGCACCCACAAAGGAACAUAAAUAAGCUGUGCUGGAAACCUGAGCUGGGACUAACUUUUUAUAGCUAUGACUUCUUUAAUAUUAAUGAAGGCACCACUGUUAUUAUCUUCAUGGACACUACAGGUGGUGCCUUCAGGCUCUCUCAGUAUACUUCAUUAAUAUUAGCCAGUAUUCUGGGUUGUAUUUAAUUUAGUCUGUUUUGGGUUUUUGGCUUUUCCCUAGGAGACUAAAUGACCUUUUCCAGUGCAUUCCAAUGUUUGACAUGCUUUUUUGUUCCUGAUGCAUGAUAACUGAACAAGUGUUCCAGUUUGGAAUGUCUUAAUUUCAUCCAGGUACCUCUGGAUUCCUGAUAUAUUUGCCAUGGUUAAUAGUAGCCUUUGUGGAGUAUUGAGCAUGGGUAGCCAAGUCUAUUCAAUAGUUACCUAAGCCAAGGAACGUCUUAGAUACUGUCAUUUGCUAAAGGUUACCCAUGUAAAAGGUGGGUAGAGAGCUGACUUCUGACAGCCUGGCAGCUGGAGGUAGUGGCAUUCCCUGAAAAAAGAUGUUUUAGUCACUUUGUUAUCAACAAUGAGCUGCAGCGACACUUUAAAAUCCUGCUGUUUACUGGGCUUAAUACUUCAGUGCAAGGUGAAACAGGAAAUUUGCUUUUUAACCAGUGUUUCAGUCAAAAAAAAACCCCCACCAA